AUGAAAUUUUGUUUUUUCAACCGAGACAUCUUAACUGAAUUUUUGAAUAGUUCAUUUUUAAUGAAUCGUAUUGAAUCGAUCGGAAAUAAUCGAACACUAAUUCAUGUAGGACUACCUACAACGACUAUACCACCCACAACUACUACAUCAACAUCAACGAAUGACAAAGAUGNUUAUUUUUUGUCGUCGUCGUCGUCACACACAGAGGAUAAAAAUGAAGAAAAACCUUCAAUAAUGACAGCAACACAUGUUAACGAUGAUCAACGUAUAAAUAAUAGUUCAUUUUUAAUGAAUCGUAUUGAAUCGAUCGGAAAUAAUCGAACACUAAUUCAUGUAGGACUACCUACAACGACUAUACCACCCACAACUACUACAUCAACAUCAACGAAUGACAAAGAUGGAACCCAAAACGUUAAACGUGUUAGUGAUAUAAUCAAUCGUUUUAAUAAUAUUGCUACUCAAAACUCAUCGCCAAAAUCCUCCCAACGCAAUCUUACUCAACAGCAACAACAUACGAAUCGAAAUAAUAAUAAUAACAACAAUCAGCAUGAGCUAAGUGAUGAAGAUGAUUUUGAUAAUGGAAAAAAAAAACAACAACAACAACAAGAAGAUGAUGAAACGUUAACAGAUGGUUAUCAUUGUUUUACUUCUGAUAAAAAUGGACGACGUCAACUAAUCUAUUAUUUUAAACUACCAUUUCAAACACCUCUUGAUCAUAUUCGCGUACAAUCGGAAUAUAAUUCAUUGAAAAUUUUAAUUGAACAGCAAGAACGAGAUGAUGGAAAAAUUAUUGUUCGUUCAACAUCGCGUCUAUGUCGAUUACCAAAAGGAUAUAUGUACGAUUAUGAUCAAUUGAGAGUACAAUUUUUACGAGAAAAUUUUAUUAAAAUUGAAUUACCUUUAGAAGAAUCAUCGGCGUUAGAAUCAUCUACAACAACAAAUCAAGAUUUAAUAACUCAGACAACAAAUGAAAAUUUAUAA